CUAAGCCACCCCUCAGUGCUGUUUAUUGUGCGUUUGUCACGCUGAGCUCUCCUCCUUCCUCUUAGGAGCUUUGUCGUAUUUUUUACUACACUUAGUAAAAAAUACUACAUUUUUCUUAUGUAGGAGCAGAUACUAUUUAUCUCAGAGGGUAACUGAGUUCAGCAUAGGGAAGGCGUAAAACCGAGCUUCUAAAGUACUCGUGAGGAACUGAGGGAUCGCGGCGCUGAAGCCGGAAGGGGCCAAGAUGGCGCCGGCGGAGCUGUCGCCGCUGCCCCAGCCGGUGCUGCUGCGGGUCCUGGAGCUGCUGCCGCCGCGGGACCGGCUGCGGGCGGCCAGGGUCUGCCGGCGGUGGCGGCGGCUGGCGCUGGACCGGGCCGUGUGGAGACACGUGGAUCUGAGCGCGCAGCGGCUCAGCUCCCGGGCCCUGUGGCAGCUGCUGCGGCAGCGGCUCCAGGACUCGCUGCGGUCGCUGGGGCUGCGGGGCGGGCUGGGCUCCGGCACCCGGCGGCGGCUCCUGUCCCCAGCGCUGCUGGCCGCCCUGGGGACGCGCUGUCCCCAGCUGCACCGCCUGGCCCUGGCCAAGACCGACCUCCGCGCCAUCCCCUACGAGAGCAUCCCUGCUUCCCUCACGGCGCUGGAGCUGAACCGCUGCGAGAUCCCCAGCGCCUGGUUCUGUGGCUCAGCCUCGGGGUCCCUGCCUCAGCUUCAGCACCUCAUUAUCUGCAACGUCCCGGCCUUUUCUGAUCGCCACCUGCUGAACGUGUCCUCCCAGAGCCGCCUGAAGACGCUGAGCCUUUGUGGCACCUACCGCCUGACAGACGUGGGGAUCCAGCGAGCGGCUCCGCAGCUGGAGCAGCUGGAGCGCUUGGUGCUGCGCGGCUGCAGCAUCGGCGACUCCGCCGUGGGUUCCAUCGGGUGCCACAUGAAAGGGCUGCGGUUCCUGGAGAUCAGUGGUGCUGAGUUUCUGACGAACGCGGGUCUGGCUCGUUUAACGACUCUGCAGCACCUGGAGACACUGAGCCUCGACCUCGACGAGAAAAUUUCUCUUGGUGCCGUUAUUGCUUUGUGCCAAGAGCUGCCCCAGCUGAGGAACCUCAGAUUAGGCAGGACUCGCUUUGAAGAUAAAGUGACAGAUAAAAUUCGGGCGAGUUUGCCCCUCUGUAACAUUACACACACUCCCUGACACACGGCCCAAAGCUGUAAGGCCUUUGCUAAUUGUUUGAGUUUUCUUUAGUAUGAGGGUGGUGAGAGCCUGGCCCAGGUUGGCCAGAGAGGUGGUAGAUGAACCAUCCCUGGAGACAUCCCAGGCCAGGCUGGACGGGGCUCUGAGCACCCUGAGCUGGUGAGGAUGUCCCUGCUCAUGGCAGGGGGGGCACUGGGGGAGCUGGGAAAGUCCCUUCAACACAAACUGUUCUGUGAUUUUAUUAUACAGAUUUUACAGAAGCCACACCUGCCAGUAGCAUUGGGGAGAUGUAGAUAAACUCAGUUCUAGUCACCAUUGGGCCAAAUCUGCGGAAAUUUAAGAAUUUUAAUUUGUAACCUGUAGCCAAUUAAUCCAUUCCGUGCUUGGACGGGAUGUGUUCUGGGUUGUGAUCUUUCUGACAGAAAAACAAUCAAGCUGUACACAGGCUGGUAAGAAGCUUCCCAUUGUUGGCAGGUGAAGAGAGAGUCAUAAUAAAAGCUCAUUUUGAAUUCUG